CAUAGCUUGCCAACGUGCCUUAUCUUUAAGCUGUUGUGGUCUAUAGAGCUUUGGUAAUCUCCAUAAUAUCUGAUGGAAAACACACGCCAACAGCGCAUACCCAUUAUCCUCAAUCAUGGCUUCCUCAACUCUCUCCCCUUCAGCUCCUUCGCAGCUAUGCUCCAGCAAGUGUGGCAUAUUGUGCCCAUCACAAGCUUUCCUUGUGAAACCAACAAGGACCCAAAUGGUAAGAAAGGACAAGGGAAUGAAACUCACUUGCCAGGCCACUAGCAUCCCUGCCGACAGAGUGCCCGACAUGGGGAAGAGGCAGCUGAUGAAUCUGCUUCUGUUGGGGGCUAUUUCACUCCCCACAGGCUUCAUGUUGGUUCCUUACGCAGCCUUCUUUGUCCCUCCUGGGGGAGGAGGCACCGGUGGUGGUACCGUAGCCAAGGAUGCCAUCGGAAACGACAUCAUUGCUGCUGAGUGGCUUGAGAAUCAUGGCCCUGGGGACCGAACCUUGUCUCAAGGAUUGAAGGGAGAUCCCACUUACCUGGUUGUGGAGAAAGACAGAACACUUGCAAACUAUGGUAUAAAUGCGGUCUGCACUCACCUCGGAUGUGUUGUUCCGUUUAAUCAAGCUGAGAACAAGUUCAUAUGCCCCUGCCACGGAUCUCAGUACAACGAUCAAGGACGAGUCGUGAGAGGACCCGCCCCGCUGUCCUUGGCAUUGGCUCAUACCAAUGUGGAAGACGGGGGAAAGGUAGUCUUCACUCCCUGGACCGAAACAGAUUUCAGAACCGGCGAUGCUCCGUGGUGGGCUUAAACAUCUUCAAUCCGUUUUUUCGGUAUUCGAUUUUUUUAUAUUCGACUCAGAAUGUUUUUUGCAACGUUGCUAAACAAGCUGUACCAUAGAGUUUAUCCAUUGACACUGAUGUUCUUGUGUAUGUAUAUAUGAGACUGUGAACUAUUCGUGCAGCAAAUGAAACAAUCUAUUAAGCA